CGCGUUUUUCCACCGAUCGUUCCACGACAGCGUGGACGCGACAUCGAAAGUGAAAGUUAAAAGUCUGGCAUCCGCAACCUAGUUCCAUUUUUGUGAAAAAUAUUCUUGAAAAUAAAACUCUUAAGUUUUUUACAUGGAUUAAUUACAUUACAUUUGUGGAAUCCAUCCGAAUUUGAAAAAGCAACGAAUCACGAGUCUGGAUCGUCGACACGAGAGAUUGAAUCCCUUUGAAUCCUCGCGAGAGAAGAGAGAAAGGAAGGAAGGAUCUCGAUACUCGCGUUUCCUGUUCCGCGAUGAUACUUUCCAAGGACGAGUGUGUACCAAGGCUCGUGUGUGCGACACGCCUCGACACGGUGGAAGAAUAGUGAAUCGAAAUCCUAUCGAAUUGUUGUUGUCGAGACCAAACCUUUCCAGACGCCUAUCGAGCACGGAGUGACAAGCGAUCCUUUCGAGUCGUUCCACGAAGAUACAGACCUUUCUCGAACAAAUCCAAUCCAAAUUACUCUUUCCUCCAUUACUUUUCGAACAUUGAGAGAAAGAGACUCUCUGUUUGAGAAAACUGUUGGUGAAAAGAUCGGAUAAAGUGCAAAGAGAGAGAGAGAGAGAGAGAGAGAAAUAGACAAUUCUUCAAUUUUCAUUCGAACAUUCGAAACGUUUUAAAAGGAAUUCGGUUGGUGAUCGAUCAAUUCGGUUUACUCUCCGCGAAAGAUGCGAGGCGAACGGUGAGAGACUCUGCUUGGAGACCAGAAAUUAUUAGAAACAGAGAACAAGUUGCGACGCGGUGAAGAAAGGGAUUGACCGAGAGAGAGAGAGAGAGAUAGAAAGAGAGAAAGAGAGAGGAUAGCAGAGAAACAUGGGGAAGAAGAACAGCAAGUUGAAACAGGAUACCAUCGAUCGACUCACCAGUGACACGUAUUUCACCGAGAAGGAAAUUCGACAAUGGCACAAAGGAUUCCUGAAAGACUGCCCCGACGGGUUGCUGACGGAACAGGGUUUCAUAAAGAUCUACAAGCAGUUCUUUCCCCACGGCGAUCCAUCGAAAUUCGCCUCCCUCGUUUUCAGAGUGUUCGAUGAAAAUAGCGACGGCACGAUAGAAUUCGAAGAGUUCAUAAGGGCGCUCUCGGUGACGUCGCGCGGAAACUUGGACGAGAAACUUCACUGGGCGUUUCGACUCUAUGACGUGGAUAACGAUGGUUUCAUCACAAGGGAGGAAAUGUACAAUAUCGUGGACGCGAUGUACGAGAUGGUGGGUCAGCAGCCGCAGGCGGAAGACGAGAACACGCCGCAGAAAAGGGUGGACAAGAUCUUCGAUCAAAUGGACAAGAACCACGACGACAAACUGACCCUGGAGGAGUUUCGGGAGGGUAGCAAGGCCGACCCGAGGAUCGUGCAGGCGCUGUCGCUAGGCGGCGAGUAACGGCAGGCCUCCUCGAGGCCGGACAAAUCGUCGUCGUUCGUUUCAAGCCGAACGAUCGCCCCGUCGCCUCGGUCCGGUCGUCGAAACGGAUAAGAGAGAAAGAGAGAGAAAGAGAAAAAGAAAGAAAGAAAGAAAGAGAAGGAGAGAUGUUGGGGGUCAAACCGGCGAAAACCCGUUGCACCACAGCCCGGCGUACACGCAUACGUAGGUACAGUUGUGAUUGGAAAGAAAAAAAAAAAAAAAAAAAGAAGAGGAGUAGGAAAAAUUAUUUGAAUCGACGAGAUAUCCUCUUGUUAUACUUCUCUCUCUUCCUAUCGCUAUCCACUUUUCUCUAUCUCUCUAUGUUUCUUUCUCCCUCGCGCGCGGAGGACGACGUUGUUUCUUUCCCUUUUUGCACGAAUCGUUUGAGAAAAUUGUUGCGAUCGUAGCAAGAAGAUAGGAACAGUAGAGAAUCUCAGAGUAGUGGCUUGAUCGUCGAUUUUAUAGAUUCUUUGUAUUCGAAACGGUUUACGACGUUACAACCGAUUUUCUUUGUACGAACGACAAUUGGAGAGGUGGUUGGGGAAAAAAAAAAAUUCGAAAGAUGGAAAUCGAUUGGUUUUCUCGCUUCAACGUGAGAAAUCUUGCUCGAAGUAAUGGAGCGAUUGGAAUUAAUUUCAACUGGUUCACAGGGAGGACGUGUUCUAGACGUGGAAGUUGAGAUAGGGGAGAUGAUAAUUGAUCAUCAAUUUGAAGUAAAAAUUAACUCGUAUAGCGAGAAAGGAAAUUGUUUUCACUCGCGAAAUUGUAAUUUUAAAAUGGGAAAUUUGUUUUUGAAGAAAAUUAGAAGAAAAUUAGAACAUUUUUCUUCGAUGAAAUUUUAUGAGCAUUAUUACGAUGCAAUUAUUUUUUAACGGAAUAUUCACUGGAUUCAAUAAGUAUUCUAUGUAAUCCUUGCUGUUGAAAAAAUUCUCAGGCAAGAUCGUAUUCGAAAUAUGAAAAAGACAAUGAAAUUUCAAAAGUUUUGAUUCAACUUUUUAAUUUAAUUUUCUCGAAGAGAUAGCUUAUUGAUAAAAAGAAAAAAAAAUUGCAUAAUUCGAAGCUUUAUUAAAAAUCAGAAAUUUUUUUAAAUCACUUCUUGAACCUUUCCCCUUUUUAACACAAAGUGCAAGAGAACUUUUCUUUCUCGCUCCAAGCACAAAGAAAUAUUUAUUAUUUUGUGCCAAGAGUUUCUGGAAAAUUGAACUUUGACCCGAUAUUAUUCCCGCGAGAAAUGAAUGCAGAAAAAGAAAAAAAAGAAAUCAUUGGUAAGAAAAAGGUCAGUGUAAGAAGUGAUUAAAAUAAGAGGAAAGUAGAAAGGACAAACGUUUCAUCGACCUAUUCUAACUUUCUUUCUUCUUUUUUUUUUUUUUUUUUGGUCGAAUAUGAAUACGCGUGUAAUACGAUGAAUCCAGAAAAAAGAAGAAGAGAAUGAUCGUGACAAAAGAAAAAAAGGAAAAGAAAAAGUGCAGUCAAGGAUUAUUCUUUUCUCUUGCGAAUUCGCAUUGAAAUACCUCCUUCGAAAAAAAAAACACAUUUUUAUCCACGUCUCUUUGAUCCUUUGCAUUCUCUUUCCUUUGAUAGUUGAUAAAAAAAAAAAAAGAAAAAUUAAGUCUUAUUACGAGGGAUGGCUCAAUUGAAACAUCGAAACUGAUUGAGAUUAAAAAAAAAAAAACAUAAAAAUUAGAUUUUUCGUCGAGAAGAUAAAUUAUUACAUCGUUACUGCAUUGAUCGAUUAUGAGAAUUUCAAAAAUUACUAUUCUUUUUAAAAAAAAUAAUCGUUCAGGAUAUUUUUCACAAACGUUCAGAUUCAAGAAUCUGAAGAAUCACGUUUCAACUCGUCCCUAUUUGUUAUCCUUUCGCGCUACAAAAGUUUUCAAAAUCGAAAAUGGACGUCGAAACGAUACAUCGACGGAGGCUUGAAAUGAAAAAGGGGAAGCAGAUUCGUUCCCCUCACCCUCAUUCGCUUAAUAUUUUCCACGAGGAAUCCAAACUACUAUCAAAUGCAAUCGAAUAUUCCUCGCACGUAUAGCGCUCAAAGAGGUGCAAAGGGAGAAAUUUUUCUCGAAGACGUUACGUAUAUAUUUUUGGUAUCUUCGAGGGGGUCCGUAUCUCGUUAAAAAAUCAGUCGAACGAAUUACGAUUUAAACGUAUUCCUCCGGUUCGCAGACAAAGAAUGGUCUAUGAAAGAUUCAGGGGAUACCGGCUGCGGUAUCUGAUAUCGUGAAAAAAGGAAAAAUAACGAAACAGAGGAUCGACGAGAAAAUUUACUUCGAUUUUAUAAUGUUCACCUGGUUACUUCUCAACCGUACUUCUUUCUAUCCGCACAACGUUUUUCUACCUUCCGUUGCACCUUUUCUUCUCGUUUUUUCGAUUUCUCUUUCAACUAUUUACAGAUUCAUGCGGCCGACUUUUAUUUUUUAUCUGGAAAGAGAGAGAAAAGAAAAAGAAAUAUGGAAAAGCAGAGUGAAAACUUCAUUUAACAUGGACGCAUUAAAAAUUGACAGUUUGAUAAACAUGGUAAAUGAGUCGUUCGAAGGAUAUCUACUGCUAAAAGUUCGAUGUAUGUAGUCAAGCAAAAUUGAAACGCAAAGAGGAGAGUGAUAUCGAUGAUUGCGAAAUAGAAACUUCUCCCUUCCUCGUUUACAUCUUUACAUUACCUACGAUAUUCCUCGUUUCAAUAGUAACAAAACGAGAAAUCGUGAAAAGGGGCAUCUCCAAAAAGCUUGAGUUCUGAUUUGAAUGGAUUUUGAAUCUUUUUGAUUCCUUUCCAUUGAAAAAUUUCAGAUUCGUUAAAAUUCUCUGAUAGACGGAUAAAAUGAGAUAUUAUUUCGAAAUUAAUUAUAGAGAAAUAUAUGUGAAUUCGUAAUGAUUGUAAUUCUCGAAAUAACGAUUGUAUUAAAAAGAAAAAUAUUAUAUUUUUUGAUGUUAUUAAGCGAAGAUACGAUUAAUAAAAAUGGCGAAUAAUUCCUUCGGUAAUCUUCGUACGUAUUCGGAUACAUUCGGAUACUUUCGGAUAAGUUCGGCCGAUCUUUGCCGAUCCGAUCCAAGGAAUUCCACGAUUUCGAAAAUUCGCGCGCACCACCAAAUUUAUAGCAAAGUGAAACAAAGUUUAAAUGGCUCGUUAAUACGUGUCGCUUAUUAAAGUUCGUUAUAGUGCAAUUUCACGCCAUCUGCCUUCAGAUCUUGAUAAACUUGUAGAUAUAUUUCCUCUUAAUUCGUAUUCUUUGAUAUUUUUCCGUCUUUAUACGAACAAACCACUAUUUAUUUCUCAAUUGAGCGAUGAAUUAUUUCACCUAUUUCGUCCAAUUAUUUUCAGAAAUAAUUAAUUUAUAGUCGACAUUAUAUUUAUAUUUUGCUCUUAUUCACAUCGAAUCGACGAUAAAACACAUUCUCCUGCUCAAAUAGUCCUCGAAGGGUUAAUUCAGUGGCAUAACGACCUGCUCUUUAUGUAGCAAACAAUUCUGAAACAACGAUUAAUCUUGCGAGCUCGCUUCUCGAGACUUAUUCCCCGAGAAAUUUCUAUCACCGAACAUGAAAGCACUUGACAUUAACAUAUUACACAUACUUUUUACAUUUUCCUUUCGUGAUAUUCUCCAAUUUUCUUUAUUAAUAUACCAGUGGUACAUGCUCGUGGUAUAAAUAUAUAUGCAUAUCUAAUAUACAUAUGCAUAUCUUUACAUAACAAUUAAAUUCUUAUCGUGCCUCUCUCGCAUUUCAAUCGACUUGUAAACCUAAAGAUGCAGAUGUCCCGUUCUCUAUUACAUUAUUUUCAAAGUAAAAAUAAUAUAAAUUAAAAUACCUCGUGUUUAUCUUUCUCUAUACGGUUACAUUUUUCCAUCCAAUGAACGAGGCUCGUGUAACAAUAUCUUACAAAGUGUUGAAUUUUUUGAAAAUUUCACGAGAUAUUGCAUUUAUUUUUGGCGCAAAUUUACAUAAAUUCGCCUGGUUUAUUAAAACCUAUUGUAACGUGUUUUCGUGCACGUUACACAUAUUCCAAACAAGCUCAAAAUCGUUUUUAAAAUUUUUCCCGUAAAAUCAAUAGCAAUCGUUUUACAUCGUAACUUUUCCUAGUGUUUUUCCAGUGCGCUCUACCAUCGAUCGUCAUUAUACCGAGGUUGUACCGAGUUUACCACCGGUUGAAAAUGUUUUCGAAAAAGCAAACAACUUUUCGCGUUUUGGCUUAACGAGCGCACUCGAAUCGAAAACUUUUCGCUCGGAUUCAAACUUUUCGUGGUUUAGAAUGGUAAUGCGCGGAAUGUUCGUUUAGAGGGAUAUCGUUCGUUUCGUAGAUGUUUGCGCCAUUACAUAAAUUAUGCCGGCAUCGUCGUCACUGUCGCCGUCUUGUCGCGUAUAUAUAUAUGUAUAUGUGUACACGCAUGAAUAACAGACAUGAAAAUUAUAAUUUCGGAUAUGCGAAGCAUGCUUCUGUAUACGCCCCAGGGAUUACAGUCGAUGAUAAAUAAUACUUUGAAUAAAUCAAAGUGACUUUUUUUAGAUCCACUUCAUUCCUUCUAGUUUAUUUUUAACUAUUUAUUUAGGUAUUUCAACUUUUUUUCUCGUUCGAUGAUUCGAUCGAUUUACCAUCCAUAAAUGUCAAAAAUAUCAUUGCGAAUAUUUUUGAGUUGAAUAAAUGUCAAUUUAUAGUAUUCGUGUAUAAAAAUAUCAAAAUUGAUAUAAAUUUUUUUUUUAAAUAAUGAAUAAUUUCCAACACGUUCAACAAGCAACAAGUUUUUCCGAUAUAUCUUCUUGAAUCUGAUUUUAAAAUACUUUACAUUUUUUAUCUAUUUCAUAACAAUUUCUCAAUAAUUUAUACAACUAAUUCAAUUUAUUCGAAAUAAACUGAUUAAACCAUUUUUGUUAUUACUUUGCACAAUUUUUACAUUUCAUUGUUCUUAAAAUCACUAUCUUACGAUAUAUUUUAUGUUAUUUCGACAAAAUAAAAAGCAAAAGAUGGCUGAAAGCCAAUUACUUAUAGACGGUAUUAUUUUUCCUGGAUUAUCUAAGGACAGAAAUAAAAUUCCGUUUCGAGUAAUAGUCCUCUCAAAUUAGCCAUAAUCGCCUCGAUCUUGCAACUUUAAUCGGUUAAAUCGACGCGCAACCCCUCAUGAGAUCGCAUCAAUUUUAAAUGGCGAUAGCGGAGAGCUCGCCCUCUUUCGUCGAUAACGAUUAUAUUAACAUCGGAUCUAUAUAUCGGUCGAGUCAAACAAAUAUUUAGUAACUAGACUGGUGGCGCAUGCGCGACCUCCUCUCGCUAAAAUCCCCAAAUCGCUAUCUUCGCUUGACGGCCAAUGAAAAAUCUCUCGAUAUUGGCAAACCUCCCAUUAUUCUUCCUUCGUCGCCGUCUUCUAUUAGACUCACGUGAAAACGUUCGAUACCACUAUAUCCGCAAAUAUCACCCUUUGCCCAUCUUCUUACGAUCGCUUUGGUCUUUUUUCGAUUUAUUCACGAUUCGUUGCGCUUCUCCUCGUUAUUCCACCCUCGUGCACGAUGAAAUUUACGAGAAAAUUUCGUUUCGUGCUGGAUUUCUCGUGCGAGACGAAUGACAAAUUUGUUUAAAUCGUUGUUUAAAUAGAAUUUUAAUAUAUUUAAUUAUAAAUUGGAUAUUAUGCAAUUUAGAACUAUAUUGGAUAUUAAGAGUUUGUUUAAGGAUGGGAUUAAAACUUUGAAAACGAAAUCUUGAAACUUAAGAAAUUCUUGAAUUGAAAAACUUUUUGAUAAUUUUGUAAC